AUGGCUAGUAGAACUCAGUUUGAAAACUCUAAUGAAGUUGGAGUCUUCUCCAAACUAACAAACUCAUAUUGUUUAGUUGCGGUUGGUGGCUCGGAGAAUUUUUACUCAGCAUUUGAAGCAGAACUCGGUGAUGUUAUACCUAUUGUUCAUACGACUAUUGCUGGUACUCGUAUUGUUGGACGGAUGUGUGCUGGUAAUAGACGAGGCUUGUUGGUUCCAACACAGACAACGGACCAAGAGUUGAUGCAUUUGAGAAACUCCUUACCAGAUACUGUCAAAAUCCAAAGAGUUGAGGAGAGAUUAUCUGCUCUUGGAAAUGUGAUUUGUUGUAAUGACUACGUUGCUUUGGUUCAUCCAGAUAUUGAGAGAGAAACAGAGGAAUUAAUCGCGGACGUAUUGGGCGUUGAAGUUUUUCGUCAAACCAUUGCUAGCAACGUCUUAGUUGGUUCCUACUGCUCCUUAUCAAAUCAGGGUGGAUUGGUCCAUCCUCAAACAUCAAUCCAGGACCAAGAAGAAUUAUCCUCAUUGCUUCAGGUCCCGUUAGUUGCGGGAACUGUUAAUAGAGGUUCUUCGGUAGUAGGUGCUGGCAUGGUGGUAAAUGAUUGGGUGGCCGUCACAGGAUUAGACACAACUGCACCUGAAUUAUCUGUUGUUGAAUCGAUAUUCAGAUUACAAGAUGCUCAACCAGAUUCAAUUUCUGGAAAUUUGAGAGAUACCUUAAUUGAGACCUAUACUUAA